AUGGCUACUGCUCAACACAUUUCUCCCGUAGCUGCCCACCAGCGCCCAGGUGCUGUUAUGCACGACAGUGGUGUCAUGCUCAGCGCAAAGGCUGUCAACAUCCUCGCCAAAGUCCAGGCUUUCGUCGAGAACGAAUGUAUCCCUGCUCAGCCCAUCUAUGCAGACCAAUUGAACGCCAUGACCGAUCGUUGGGCUGCAACUCCCCCAAUCGUCGAUGUAUUGCGAGCACGUGCCCGUGAACUCGGCUUAUGGAACAUGUUCUUGACCGAAGAAUACGGUGACUUGGGACAAGGUCUAAGUGUCAUGGAAUACUCUGUCGCCCCAGACACUGGUAACAUGGAACUCAUUGCCAAAUACGGUACCCCCGAACAAAAAGCCAAGUGGUUGAAGCCAUUGAUGGAAGCCCAGAUCAGAUCUGCUUUCACCAUGACUGAGCCCGAUGUUGCCAGUUCCGAUGCUACAAACUUGGCCUUCAAGAUGACCAAGACCUUGGACGGAAAGCACUACGUCCUCAACGGUCGAAAGCACUGGAUUUCUGGAAGCUCAGACCCUCACUGCAAGCUCUACAUCGUCGUCGGAAAGACUGACGAUAUGGGCGGCCGUCACACUUCUCACUCCAUUGUUUUGGUACCAAAGUACCCCAACAAUGACGGAAAAGUCAUCAAGGGUUUAACCACCGUCCGACACUUGAGCGUCUUUGGUUACGAUGAUGCACCUCACGGUCACGAUGAACUCAUCUUCGACAACGUCAUGGUCCCAGUCGAGAACUUGGUCUUGGGCGAAGGUCGUGGGUUUGAAGUUUUACAAGGUCGUUUGGGUGGUGGUCCGUCCUUACCAACUGUCAAUUCUAGUAUGAGAACUUUGGGUGUUGGAGAACGUGCCAUGGAACUCGCAAUCUUGGAAUGUACCAACCCCCAGAAGAAGCCCUUCGGAAAGCUCAAGGGUGAACAAGGAAAGAUUCAAUGGGACUUGUCUGAAGCCAGAAUUGAUCUUGAAAUGUGCAAACGUCUUGUUUACCAUGCUGCUGCUGCCAUGGAUGCUAAAGGCCCCAAGGCUGCUGCCCGUGAAAUCGCUAUGGCUAAGAUCAAGGUCCCACGAUUGGUGUUGGGUCUAAUUGACAGUGCCAUCCAAAUUCACGGAGGUCUUGGUAUCUCCCAAUCCACCGAAUUGGCUUCUAUGUACGCUCACUGCCGUACCCUCCGAUUCGCUGACGGCCCUGACGAAGCACACAGUCAACAAGUUGCCCGUAACGAAUUGGCCAAGGCUGACAAGCUCCGCAUCAAGUACGAGAUGUACCGUCAAAAGACAGCCGAAUACCGUGCCAAGUACUUGGCCAAGAUGUAG